ACGUUUCAAAAUAAAUUACUUGCAAGGAAACUGACCACUCCAUGUGUACAUUUAUGCCAUGAUAUGCGCUAUAACAUAAGCAGUUAUGACGCGUCACAACAACAGGCUGAGUAGCUAAAUACGAACAGAGCCUCUUGGCGGCCAGUCACAAGUAGCAGGCUUUUAUUGUGAAAGCGAAAAGGAAAAGUACGUCUUUCUGAGGAACUCGCCCACGCGUGUAAUGGAGACUUGGACCGACGUGUCUGUAAUGUAAAUAUUUGCAACAUUCCAUCAAAAAAACUCCCAACUGAAGGCGAGUUAACGCGGGGAACAAAGACCGGAAGUCCGUGUGAAGUCGCACUGUUGUUUUGGACGUGCCUGACGCGACACCACUGAAGUGCAUUGCGGAUUGGUCGUCUUUUAACGUUCACCUGCAACUCAGACGGCGAGGGCGAACAAGAUGGCGGCCAGUAGCAGCGAUGGAGAAGACUCUGAUGUGGAGAAGAACUUUGCUUUGCUGAUGGAGAGAGGAGCUGAGGAGGAGGAGGAGGAGGAAGAUGAGGAGGAGGAGGACGGUGAAGAUGAGGAGGAGGAUGAUGAAGAGGACGGUGAAGAUGAGGAGGUUGAAGGGUCAGCAAUGGAGACGAGAGAGGACAUCAAAAAAGAACUCUCCAACAUGUCCUUUGAGGACGUGAUGAAGCUGCAGAAUGAAGUGGGCACCAAGGUGUACCAGGAAGUGGCGUACGGCGCCGCCAAGCGUCCGCACGGCGCCGCCAAACACAAGCGUCUGAACAAGAACAGGCCCAUGGAGAUGUCCUCCAAGAGGGCGGCGCCGUUCCUUCGCCAGGUGGCGGGCGUGAAGAAAGCGACGCGGAGAGACCCUCGCUUUGACGACCUGUCGGGAGAGUACAAGGUGGACGUCUUCGAGAGGACCUACAGCUUCAUCCAUGACAUCAGGAGACAGGAGGCCCAGGUGAUUAAAAAGCAGCUGAAGAAGACCGAGAGCGGCGAGAAGAAGGAGAAGCUCAACUCCCUCCUCAAGAAGAUGACCAAUCAGGAGCGAGCGAGGCGGAGUGCAGAGCAGCAGAGAGAGAGAGCGCUUCAGUUCAAGAAGGAGCAGAGAGAACGAGCCAAUCAGGGAGCACAACCCUUCUUCCUCAAUAAAAGCGCGGAGAAGAAAGUGCGUCUGGCUGAGAAGUAUGAAGAGCUGAAGAAAAGCGGCAAGCUGGAGAACUUCCUGAGCAAGAAGAGGAAGAGGAACGCCCUGAAAGACCGCAGGAAGUUACCAUGGCAACAGCAGCACAAGUGAGUGUGCGGUGCGUUCAGGGUCCCACGUGAAAAUCACGUCUGACUGGACGGCGUCGUGGUCACAUGGUUUGUGUAUUGAUUGUUGUGGCACUACAACUCAAACACAAU